CUCUAGACCUAUGUUGUUAUGGGAGUUCCGAAGUUCUACCGCUGGAUCUCAGAACGGUAUCCUUGCCUCAGUCAGGUUAUCAAGGAGUACCAGAUCCCCGAGUUUGAUAACAUAUACCUUGAUAUGAACGGAAUUAUUCAUCCCUGCUCACAUCCGAAUGACGAAGAUGCGCACUUUAGAAUAUCAGAACAGGAAAUAUUUCAGAACAUAUUUAACUACAUAGAGUGCUUAUUCCGACUGAUAAAGCCCAAGAAGUUAUUCUUCAUGGCAGUUGAUGGGGUCGCACCCAGAGCUAAAAUGAACCAGCAAAGAGCCAGGAGAUUCAGAUCAGCAAUGGAUGUGGAGCAGCAAAUGAAAGACGCAAUAGCUAAGGGAGAAACACUUCCGUCCGAGGAUAAGUUUGAUUCAAACUGCAUUACUCCUGGUACCGAGUUCAUGUGCAAGUUACACGAACAAUUGAAGUACUUUAUCAAUAAGAAGAUGAGCAGUGACCCAGCUUGGCAGAAAGUUAAAGUUGUUCUCUCCGGUCACAACGUUCCAGGUGAAGGUGAACACAAGAUAAUGGAGUACAUCAGAUACACCAAGCAGCAGCCUGACUAUGACCCAGAGACCAGACAUUGUCUGUACGGACUGGACGCUGAUCUGAUUCUACUGGGUCUUGUGACUCACGAGGUGCACUUUUCCCUACUCCGAGAGGAAGUUAAGUUCGGGAAGGCCCAAAAAAGAAUAACAUCGGCCGACGAACAGUGUUUCCAUCUCCUUCAUUUAUCUCUGUUCAGAGAGUACAUCGAUAAAGAGUUCCACUGUUUGAAGGAAGCUCUGGGAGACGCGUACGAUCUGGAAAGGAUAAUAGACGACUUUGUUCUGUUGACCUUCCUGGUGGGUAACGACUUUAUACCUCAUCUACCUGACUUUCACAUUCACGCUGGAUCUCUCCCCACCUUGUGGCAGACCUACAAGGAUGUUAGACCUAGCCUUGAUGAUUAUCUGCAUUUGAACGGUGAAAUGAACAUGAAGCACCUUGGUACCUAUUUGGAGGUCCUUUCCAGGUUUGAUCUGGAAAGGUUUGAGGUACAGUACGAGGAUUUGAAGUGGAUGGCAGGUAAAGCUGAGGAGAGGAAGAGCAAGACUGACAAACAGUCUGAAACCGACAGGCUAAAGGAAAAGUUCGGAGCAAUGAUGAUGGUUGAUAGUGAGGGUGAAACAGAGGAUAGCGAGGAGGAGGUUGACAUGUUACAGAACGAAUUUAAAACUCAGAAGAAAAGGUAUUACAUGGACAAGUUUGAGCUGACAGAGAAGGCAGUACCUGAUUUUCAAAAGGAGAUCGGGUUGAAGUACGUGGAAGGACUGAAGUGGAUUCUCACGUAUUAUUAUCAAGGCUGUCAGAGCUGGAGCUGGUUCUACCCAUACCACUACGCACCUUACCUCUCUGACUUAUCAAACGUAGCCGAAAUGAACAUAGAUCUCGACCUAUCAGAACCUUUUUGUCCCUUCCAACAACUGAUGGCAGUGUUUCCUUACGGGAGCAGCAAGCUGUUACCUACCGCUCUUCAGGAGCUGUACCGAGAGGACUCUCCUAUCGCAGAUUUCUACCCAAGAACUUUCAAAACAGACUUGAACGGUAAAAAGCAAGAAUGGGAAGCCGUUGUUCUUAUCAGCUUUAUCAAUGAGGAACGGUUAGUAGAUGCCAUGUCCGCGCCCUUGUCCCGUAUGACAGACGACGAGAAGGCCAGGAACAAGCACGGGGACUGUUUGAUAGGAACGUUUGAUCCUAACAACACUAGUCUCUACCCUUCAUCUUAUCCUGGUGUUUUUCCCGAUCUCAAACCUUCUUAUACAAAUAUGGAGUUCAGAGACAAAGCCUGUUUCCUCAUACCUCCCGAUCAGUUGACCUGGAUCUUCCCUGACAAGGCAGUUGAUCCAUUCAGAAUGGGUUUCCCUACUUCCACUCAUCUAAAACACGAGAUUGAGUUCGCACAAGCUGGGUGUAAGAUAUUCCAGUUUGGAAGCAAGGACAAGAACUGUAUCCUCAACAUAGACCCACAAUCAGAGACACCUCUAGAGAGGUACACUGCACUGCUGGGGGAGGAGGUUUAUGUUCAGUAUCCUCACCUUGUAGAGGCUAUGGUCGUAGGGGUGCACACGGAGGAACACGAUUACGUGCUUGAAGACAGCUGUGUGAGUAAGAGUGCUGCUGUUCAGAACAAGAAGGAUUGUUUCAAGCACUUGAAGAGUCGAGAGUGCAUUGCGUUGAAAUCACGUUGGGGUAUUGAAGUAGGAGAUGUGAGAGUGAUGAUCUGUGUCAGGAAGAUAAGAGGUAAAGUUCCUUCUUUUAAAUCUGAGGGAGAUGUCACCAUCAUCAAGCACUGGUGUGAGGAGAAGUCUUAUGUUCCUGCUCAACUUGUGCUUUCGAAUCUGUCAACUCCUGUUCCAGUGCAAGAGAAAUGUGAGAAUCUUAGUCUAUCAGGAGUAUUCCCAAAAGAUGCCAAGGUCUUCGUCGUAUCAAAUCCUGGGUACGGUAGUCUUGGUACAGUAGAAGGAUCUCAAGAUAACAGAGUUAAAGUUAGGAUAAUACUGUCGGAUGAACCAAUGUUGGAGACUUUCAGAAAAACUAUUGACAGUCAUGACGAAGAUUGGUACUUUCCGCGGGAAAUGUGCAGUGAGUUACACAUAUCACCCCUCCUACUGAGCAAGAUAACAUCAGCUUUCAAGAUUAACAUUGCAAACAAGAAUGGAAGUGGAACGACCCCAAUUAACAUUGGUCUCAACAUUAAGUAUGCUAAUAAGAGUCUCAUGGCACCGGACUAUGCCAGGAAAAUAGAUAACGGAGGCUGGCAGUACUCAGAAGCACUGUACACGAUAAUAAAAGAGUACGUGGUUAAGUUCCCAGAACUGUUCAAGGAGUUAGAACACCAUCUCAAGAAGGAGACUAUCAACGCUUCAGAGAUCGCUCAAAAACUCGGACCUGAGUUCAACGUGAGACAGUAUUUCGAGGACGUAAAGAAGUGGCUAAAGUCUCUGUCCACUCAUAACAGUAAACUUGUGGGUGUGGGAAGUGAGAUCAUGUCAACUAAACACGUGGCACAGCUACUGGCUGAUAUUGCUGAGCACAAGAAAACAGUGUCAGUCCACGAACUUGUGGUUAAAGUAAAACCCAGAGUACUCUUCAAUCCGAACUUCCAAAAUGGUGUAUUGCCGCCGGACGCUAAGGCUGAUUUCCAGCUGUGUGACCGAGUGGUGAAUGUUUGCUCUAGUCACUGUGUACCUUUUGGUUACAAGGGCACAAUCGUCGGUAUCAAAAAUGGGGAGAUACAGUCGGCAGACGCUAUUAAAUACGAAGUGUUAUUCGAUGAGCCGUUUAUUGGUGGGCUAUCGUACGGAGAGUGCAACUCUCAUCUCUACACUAUGUUACCCUUCACUCUCAUGAACUUUAGUUAUGGAAUGAGACUCACUCAGCCCCAGUCCGAGAGAACAAUCCCAAAACCAAAGCGCAAAGAAGAACCGUACCACAACCAACGAGACAGAGGAGACAGAGGAGACAGACGUCCCCCCAACAAGUCUAACGAGAGGAAGGAAAUAUUAAGAAAGAACGACCACGACAAAGGAAGGAAGCCAGGACCAAGAGACAGAGACAGGGAUAGUGGCCCUAAGAAACAGCAGGGACCGCCUCCCCCCAGGAAGGGAGCCCCACCGAGGAAGAAGAACGUCAGUGUUGAUGAUAUGAGCGAGGAUGAUCAUCUUAACUACAGGGAGAACCAAUGGGGAAUGCCGCGUGUAAGAAUGGGUCCAGACCCGUACGGUGCACCACCACCACCGCCUCCCCACGGAGCAUUCUACGGUCAGCAGGCCUACAGUCCUGCAUCCCCCACUUACCCUCCAAAUUAUCCUGCUGCUCCUGCGUUCUAUGCUAACCCCAGGUUACCUCAGCAGUACUCCUACCCCUCCUACCCUGGAGCUGUCCCCGCCUUCACCCCAGGUCCAACCAGCCCUUACGGCUACAUUCCUGGCCACAGUCCUAUGUACCCAGCAUUCCCUCAGUCACCUGUUUACAACCCAGCAGGAUUCCAGUAUGGAAUGGGGUACAACCCCCACCAACCCGGACAAUACUACCCCCCUCAACAAGGUGGUUACACUGCUAGUGGCAAUGAACACUCUGACAGGGCCAACGGAAAGCCCCGAAACAAACAAGAGCGAAAGAAAGCAGACACUGAGUAUGACGAGCAGUUCUACCAUGGUGAGUUCUAUCAGGCUUCCUCUGACACUGCUCCCAAACCCCCUAAAUCAGGCGGAGAUCCUCAUCUUGAGCAACCUGGAAAACCUAAACCUAAACAAAAAUACAGUGUUUCACCAGACGAGGUAUCAACAAACGCCGUAAAAUCCCUACUGGGCAUGAUGGGCCAACCAACCACCCCAUCGAGACCUGACCAGCAAUCCAGUGGAGUUCCAAGGAGCGCCCAUCAGCAAGGUUACGUCCAUACCUCUAGACAGAGGAGUACUGCCAGCACUAGCUCCGAUAGAAUCUUACUUGGGCAGAUAAACCCUUCCCUGAACACUGGACCAACUCCACCUGUUGGUUACGCCCCCGUGGAUAGCUCCGUCGCUAAACGUUUCGCUAUGUCCGCUCCAUUUAUCCCCACGCAGGUUAUCUGUAAGGCGGCGGCUGCUAGCCAAGAUCAACCAGCCUCCACCGAGGGAUCAACCCUUGCUGCGGCCCUGAAUGCUCUUCCUUCUCCACAUGCUCCACAUCCUAGACGGGAUGACGUGCAGAAACACGACCAUAUCCCUCAAGAAACUGGACAUUCAGCAGAAGUUUCAGCUCAAACUAAGACUGAUCUGUUGAAGCAGAUGCUUGCGCCCAAACCGGAGGAGGUUACUAAGUCACAGCCAUCAAAUAAGAACACUAAAAAACCUGCCCCAAAGAAGAAAUCUUUGGGAAUCGAUUUCAGCAAGAGGCAGAAAAAGCGUGACUGAAAUGUUAUCGAUAAUUUAGAAGCCUUAGGCUUGAUUAGUGAAUUGGCCCAAAAUAAAAGAUGGAAGUUAACGUGACCUAUAGACAAAGCUUUUAAUGAUAAUUUAAACAAUAUUUAACUUAUAUUUGGGAAUUUCACCUUUUUGGUACAUAUAAGGUUAAAGGAGCAUCUUCGCUGUUCUUCUUACGUACGAAUUUUGAUGUAACCGUUGUUAAUGUAGUACUAUUAUUCUUAUAUGUAAUCCUUUUUAAAAAUGUA